CGUGUCGGAUAUUUGCCGAAACCGAAUGUCCAUUCCGCUGGGUAUAUUAUAUAUAGUGUGUAUAUACUGCCACAAAGUGCAUCUCUCAACACAAGUUGGGACUCAGGUUGGAACAUCCGUCCACAAAACACAGCUACCCAAGAUGUCUACACUUGAGCUUUUUUCAAAUAUAACCAGUCCCGUUUCCGACGAUUUGAGAGAUGGCACCGCGUUCAAAUAUGCGCCGUACCUAGUCACGGCCAUCUUUGUUCUCGCUAUAGUUUACAGCAAGCGCGAAAGCUACCCGGACCUCCCCCGGCUAAACCCUAAAGGCCCUUUGGAGUUCGGAUGGGCAAAGCGGCUUAAUCACUUUAUGGUUCACAGCCCCGAACUAUUGGCCGAAGCUUCGCGCCGUUUCGGGGACAAUCCGUUCAAACUAUUUACGGAUUUGGGAGAUAUUGUCGUCGUCCCGGCCAAAUAUGCUAAUGAGCUCAAGAACCACCGUGGAAUGAAUUUUAUGGAGGUGGGAGUCGAUUCGGUUCAUACCUACCUUCCCGGCUUCGAGCCUUUUGCCGCCACGCCCGCCCUGGUAAAAGUCGUCAACAACAAUUUGACCAAAACUUUGGCAAAACUCACGGCGCCUAUGGUGCAAGAGGCUGCUCUAGGGUCGUCGGAUAUCUUUGGCGAAUCAAAAGAAUGGCACGAGGUAUCCAUCGAGCAAAUCAUGGGCUUUAUCUUGCGCAUCUCCAGCCGUAUAUUUAUUGGCCAAGAACUUUGCAGAAGCAAACAAUGGUUGGAAGCUUCACGCGCGUGGACGCACGUCGCGUUUCAGGCCGUCUUCACUCUAAGGGCGUACCCCCGUUUCUGGAGACCGUGGAUACACUGGUCCAUACCAUGUGUAAACGACUCUCGACGAAAGCUCAAACUUUGCCGCGAGGUGCUGCAGCCAUAUAUCGACAAACGCAACAUUGUCAAGGCGGAAGCCAUUGCCAGGGGUGAACCGAGCCCGUUUGAUGAUUCGAUCGAAUGGUUUGAGCAGGAAAACAAAACCGAUUUCGACCCGGCCCAAAAACAACUGCAGCUUAUAGUGGCCGCCGUCCACACUACGACCGAUUUACUUGUUGUUGCUUUGGUGAAUAUUGCCAAAAAUCCCGAGAUAAUCGGCCCGUUGCGUGAGGAAAUUAUAAGUAGCUUAUCAGAAGAAGGGUUGAAAAUAUCAGCUUUCGAAAAACUCAAGCUUAUGGAUGCCGUUUUCAAAGAAUCUCAGAGACUGAAGCCUAUCGCGACAAUCGCUUUCCGCCGUAAGGCCAUGGAGGAUGUUGUGCUUUCGGACGGAUUCAAAAUCAAAAAGGGCACUAUAAUUGGCAUCGAUGGCAUCAAAGCCCUCCGGGACGAAAGGGUGUAUCCGGACCCGCUGCGCUGGGACCCGUACCGCUACAUCAAACUGCGAGAGGCCGGCGAGGCGGCCAAGGCCCGUCUGGUCAGCGUUACUCAAGAGCACUUUGGAUUCGGUCACGGCUUCCACGCCUGCCCCGGCCGUUUUUUCGCCGCCAACGAACUCAAGAUCGCACUGGCUCGAAUUAUACUGAACUACGACAUCACGGUUCCCGAGGACGUGAAGAACCUGCCCGAGGCCUUUUCCGGGUCCAAUUACAAGAUACCAAAGGGGACUAGGUUCUUGUUCAAGAGGCGAAAGGAGGAGCUGGACCUGAGCACUCUGGUGUGA